AUGUCGGGCUGGGCUGUGGAGCACCCUUCCUGCUUCCUGCGCUGCCUUUCCUCCGCCACUUCUCAUCAUGCGCCGCUCUUGCUUGACUGCUCCCCGCGUGUCCCGGGACCCCGCAGGUUUCACUUUGAGAAGUUUUGGCCGAAGAUCGAAGGCUUCCACCAGACUGUGGCCAAUGCCUGGGAAUCUGGCCCGGCCGACGAGGAUCCUUUAUGGCGCAUUUUCCCCCGCCUCAAGUUCACUGCCAAGGCUUUGCAAAGCUGGAGUGUGCGCUGCAUUGGUCACGUCGCGCAGCAACUGUCAUUCGCCCAUGAGCUCAUUGCGCGGCUCGACGCGGCGCAGGACGUCCGCCCCCCGCAUCCUGUCGAGCCUUGGUUCCAGUGCCGCCUCAAGUCAGCAUACCUUGGGCUCGCUUCCCUCGACCGCUCCAUCGCGUCUGGUGAGACCAACACCUCCUUCCUUCGGGUACGAGCGGCGCAUCGGAAGCAGCAUUCCAGGAUCGUGUCGUUGCAUGUGGACGGCCAGGAGAUUAUGGACCAUGAGGCCAUGUCUGAGGCAGUCUACGACCACUUCGCGGCCGCGCUGGGCACGUCUGACCCCCGCGCCUUCACCCUCAACCUUGACGGUUUGGAUCCACGCUCGUUCGACCUGGCAGGGCUGGAUGUGCCGUUCUUUGAGGACAAGAUUUGGGCCGCAGUUAAAUAG